UCCGGCCCGGCGCCGCUCGCCGCCCUAAAAGCCCCUCGCCCCGACAGCCUUGGGCCCGCCUGCGCCUCUUGCCCUCGGAUGGAAGUCACCGAGGAGCUGGAGAGCAGCCUCUUGACACAGCCCUGGGCUUCUGUUUGCUUUGGCGAGACAGCUUUUCUUGCUAAAGCGUGCUUCAGGGACACUGGCUACAUCCUGCUGCUCUCUGAUCUCAGCAGCGUCUGGUACGAGAGUGCAGACACGGAGGUCGUGGGACAAAGGUCCAAGGAGCUGAACAAACGCCUGACGGUCCACGUGUCCUCCCUUCUGCACCGCCUGCGCAAGCUACUGUGUCCCUUGCUGGCGGGACAGCCAGACACCACCACCUCCUUCUCCUGCCACCACACUGCUGGCGGGCUUGGCCUGCACCUGAAGAGCGAGCUCUCAGGGCUGCCCUUCUACUGGGACUUCCACUGUUGCCCUGCUCCCGUGGAGAUGGUGUCCCGUCACCUCGUGCGGCCCCUGAUUCGGAUGAGCCUGGCGCUGCAGUGCCAGGUGCAAGAGCUGACCUCCCUACUGCUCCAGAAGGAUGCUGAGAUUGAAGAUUACAGGGAGAGUGGGGCUGCUCUCAGCAGAGACCGCCUGCGGACAGAGCCCUUCCAGGAGGAGACAUUUCAGCAGAACUUCAUGGUCGAGAGCCUGCCCCAGAUCUGCAGUGUGGGAGAAGGGCAGGCAUUCGCCUCAGCUCUGCGGCAGCUUUACACGGCAGUGACGCAGCAGGAGGCCAAGCAGGCUCGGAAACGGCAGCACUCGGAGGAUGGUGAGGGCCCGACCCCAGCUGCAGAAACCCCAGAGCAUCCCCCUCCACCACUUGCAUCCCAGGAGAGUGAAACAGCAUCUUCCAGUGAGGGAACCACAUCUCCUCCCCAGCUCAGAAGCUCCGUCUGCCUGCAGCCAAGGCCAAGCCAAAGAAGGCAAAGGGGCUCUUCAGCUGAAAUAUUGCUGCCAGCCACCCCAGGGAUCUUCGCCUGCCCAGCAUCUGAGAGAGGCAAUGGAGAGCACCCAUGUAUCAUCCUCUGUCUCCUCGUCUACAUCUGGUGGACCAUGGUCCCAUCCUGAGGUGUCUCCAGCCAGAGUAAUGGAGCAUCUCCUCUCUUCUGUGGUGUCUCAGGAACCUCUUUUCUACCUCUUCCCUGGUGCAGAGCUUGCUUAGGCUGCACCAUCAUGGAGCCAGUGCUAGACCUGCAUGGAGUCAGAGGGCUGCUGCAGGUGGGUGCAGGACAGAUGGUGCUCCAGCAGGCCUGUGGGGUUUGGCUGCUGUUCUGUGGGUCUACAAUAAAGAGCUGUGUUGU